AUGCUGCGUCUACUUGCUGUUCUGACGGUGGCUGCAGUAGGUCCCCUCAGCGUGGAGUGUGAUGGACCGAGAGUCAGCAUCUCUGGUCUCGGUGCUGUAGUAGGCGAAACUGUUCACUUCCAGCAUCACUCCUACCCUUCCAUAGAUACUUAUAUCGAUGUCUACAGGGGUAUCCCAUAUGUUGAGAAGCCCGAGCGCUUCGGCAAGCCCCAACCUAAGAAACCGUGGUCUGGUGACUUUGACGCUUCUCAAUUCGGGGCGGAUUGCCCUCAGCCAGGUUCAAAAGCCGCUAGCGAAGACUGUCUUUUCAUGAACAUAUGGGUACCUAACCCAAGGCCGAGAUGUUCAUCAUCUUGUAUCGUGAUAGCUGUGUGA